GCAACAACCUCUUUCCAUGUCUGUGCUGUGAAACGUAGACCAGAUGGAUCUGCUCAUCUUAAAAUCACUUGUGUUUCCCCUCUGUUUCAUUGGGCACAGUGUUGGUCAAAACGUUGCUGUGGUGGGUCCACCGAAAGCCUAUUUGGGGGAAAACGUGACCCUGAAAAUCCUGGUUGAGAAGAAGCAAGACGACAUCAUAUACUGGAAUUUCAAAAGUGGAAACUUCAUGCAUGUUGCUACUCUGCGCGAAACAAAUCUCACUGUGAAUGACCGUUACAAAGGUAGAGCUUCUAUUGACUCAGCCAGCGGGGAACUGACUUUGACCUCCGUCAAGCUGGAGGACAGUGGAAAUUACGCUGUCAACAUUCUGAGCGGACCAGACACUCUAACCGGAACUGUUAGACUCCUUGUUGUGGAUGUUGUUCAUCCCACGCUGACGUUGCAGCCCCCCUCCGUUGAGCAGCUCCAGCAAGAGAAGUUCACUCUGGUGUGUCUGGCCCACGGGGGCCUCCCCUCGGACUGGCGUCUGCACUGGAUUAUCAACAGUACCAGUCAAGUCGAGUGGGAAGAGGAAUGGAGCCCUGAGAUGCUGCAGGAGGAUAAAUCCUACAGCUGGAGGAGCUCCAUUACAAUCACCGUGGAGAACUGGAAGAGGAUGUUCUCUCUGACCUGCACGGCCCGUCUGGGCUCCCUGGCUCCAAUCUCAAUCACCCUGAAGACAGACCAGAGCUCUGAGGCUCAAUCCGACUCACUGGACGGAUCUUAAUCUUUAACUGUUUUCCCUCUGCAGGUUUAUUCAAGGACUGUUUUUUUUUUUUUUUUGUCUUUUUUGACUCCAUAUAAUAUUUAGAAAUACUGAUGAUACCAUUUUAAUAUAUUUACAUGUACUGGAUAAUUUUACUUUGGAGUGUUAAUUUACAAUCCCCAAUUUUUUGAAAUACAAAUCAGAUUUCUAAAUUACAUUAGGGCAAAUUUAAUUGUUCAGGAAAACUCUACAUGUUCUAAUGAUUUUGUAAUUUAUAUACCCUACUAAGUAAAUGUAACAUUGUAUUGAUUUUGUGCAGACUGAAGUCUAAUCUACUCAUUGUGAGUAUAUUGCCUGCUGAGCUUUUAGCAAACAUUACAAACAUUUUUGAAGUAAGAUGUGGACAAUUUUAGAUGAGUUGCUAUUUUUUACUUUCUGACUUCAUGGAUUACAUGUUUUACAUUUUAUGUUUUGAGCAGUAGAUAAAACAUUUUUAACAUCCUUUAUAGUCAAGGGAAACAGGAAAAAGCAUUGAAAGAUAAUCAAAUCAACUCAGAUAAAAGCUUUCUCAUACCCUCUACAGACACACACUUACUUUCUCACUUUAAUCCCCCCCCCCCACAUCAUCUCAUAGCAUAAAAUAAACUACAAACAUGUUUCUGUUUUGUGAUUGUUUUCUGAAUGUAAUGGUUAUGAUGAUGCAAUAAACUGGCGAGCGGUCCAGGGGGCACCAGCACCCCUCAUGACCCCAGCAGGGAUAGGCGUGUUAGAAAAUGGAUGGAUGGUUGUGAUGACGUAAUUGUUGCAAAAAAAUAACAUUUCUCAGUUUUUGACUUGACCUGAUUUCCUGCAGAAUUAAGUCUCAUAUACUUCAUGCAAGUAUACAGUAGAUUGUCUUGAGAAUUUUGCAGCAAAAAUGAUAGAUCUUUGUAGAGAAAGUUUUGAAGACCACGUGGAGACGUUUCCAUCAAAUGGAACAAGAUAAACUUGAAUUAUUACAAUAUUUUCAUAAAAUACAAGGCUAUUUUAAAACAUGAAUCUUCAAAAACCUUUCCUUGUCAUUAUGAUUUAAGUAUAAAGGUUUUUAAAGUAAUUUGAUUCUAAUUACUAAAGAGAAGUAUACACAUCAGAUAAUACAGGCUGAAACUUUGGAUAUUAAUAUUAAGUCUUCUUCCUUCUCGUCUCUCUAAUAUGUUAAAUACAGCUGGGGACUUUGUUAAUUUGAGGUGAGAACAAACAUUGACAAUCAACACACAUCACAAUCUUAUUUUUUCACAUUUUUAUUUUAGUUUUUCAUAUUUAUUCUGCUAGCUGAUGGGACAGAUUGAAGUAAAUCCUAUUUGUUAAAUAACAAGUUUCUCUCUGCGGUGACCUGUAUGGAGGAAUUCUCCAUGGACGUAAGCCUUGUUAGGGAACCGCUUUCAUUCUUUUGUUUGCUUUUCUGUUUAUAUGUCCACAUUCUGUCUUUUAUGUUCAUACAGAGUUUUGCUUCUGAUUCAGAAACAAUGACUGUAAAAUACAAGAAACAAAGUAAAACUGAAUUAAAUGGAAAUAUUCCAUCGUAUUUUAUUUUUGAACGGGACUAUUUAUGCUAAAACAGGAACGCACAUGUACUCGCAAUAAAAUUUGAAUUUGGUCAUUACCAAUCAUAUCGUCCCAGUUUCAUAAUGUAAGAAAAAAAAAGUCUUAUUGGACAAAUUUGGAAAAAUACAAAACAAAACAACAUCAACAUACACAUUCACUUCUAAAAAAUUAUAUUGCCUUAGAUUGGAACCCUGAAUAAAACUAUGGAGAAUCAUGCUUUAAACACAGCUGGCUAGCGUCAUACCCACACAUGCAACCUUAGAUAAAGGGUGAAACAGACAAAAGACACUGGGCCUAAACGAAAGGAAAAGCAUGAGGAUGAGGUCAAAAAACUAUUACUAAAACCUGUAGGAACACUGUACAAACUAAUAAAAGGAUAACUGUUGUGUACUGUCUCUGGAGCUUUUAAAAUUAAGUUAAGGUGAUGAAUAAAAUAAAUAAUUGAAUUAAUGAAUUUAUUGAUUAUUUAAUAAAUACAUAAAACUAAAGCUAGUGUAUUCUGGUGGUCUGAUAUGUGAUGAAUGAAUUGAAUGAAUUGAAAUAGGCAGGUCUGUUGUUCACAAUGUGGCCGCAAGGGGGAGACAAUGUCCCUUACCUGAAGUCAAGAGCCCUCAUAAAUCACGUGAGCAAUUUAGAAAUGUCCCAAAUAAUUAACAAUAAUUAUUUUAAAAUAAAUGUUGAUAAAAUGGUUCAAUACCUUUAUAUGAAUUUAACAAAUGUGUAAAAUGUCAAUAUAGAAGUAAAUCAAUCCGGGGCGUGCUUUGAUUAGUUUAAAAUUAUAACAGUAUUCUCCAGUUUGACAUGUUUCAGAAUGUAUGAGGACUCUGUGUUCUGAUAUGCAUGAGAGGUUCGGUAAAAGGGAAGUGAAACUGUGUGUGAGGAAGUGACUGGUGGAGCAGAUAAAGGCGUUUACCUGAAAGAUUUCUCAAUAGUCUUGAGUAAAGAUUUCCUGUAUCUCCUGUACGAUUAACAGGUGUUUGCUUUCUGUCCUGGAAGUUGAUGGGUGUGACGUCACACCAUAUUGCUUCUAUAAAGACGCUUUAGUUCUUCACAAAACUAUUUAUAAACUAUUUGUAGUUAUUUCUAUCUAAAAUAAUGACAUUAUACAUAUUGCUCCUUAAAAUAAAAGCCUCCAGAUUCCCCUACGAAGGUGUGGGCCCCAAUGUUGCCAGGCCCAGGAAACAUCCCUGAACGUAGGGUUUCCAAAAGAAUGAAACAACUGCUGGGUUUGGGUGAACAGUAGGAGAAUCAGGGGGAUUAUAGCUCAUCUCCUGAUGUAAACAUUUUGUAGUUUUUGUUUUCAUUUUACUUCAUGCCGCUGUUUGUUUGAAUAAAUCCUGUUGGGUUUUUAAAC